AUGAGAAGACCUAGUGCAGGAACUUUCUCGUCAACGCUUGCUGGGUCGGAGGGCGAACCAGGUAGUCCAAAUAGUCCGACGAAUAACGAUCAAUCACACCUGGGUGUCGAAAAUAGCAUUGAUGGGUAUUCCCCCACACAACAAAGUCAUUCUCGACGUACUAGUAUUACGAUUGCUGUACCUAACUCACCAAAUCCUGCAGAUGAUCAUGCUUCGUCUACCAAACCGAAGAAGGUCCUUGAGGAAGAGGAAGAUUCAGACACCGAGCCAGUGAAGAAGGUCGAACUCGAAGACAAGGAUGGCCCAGUCGAUACAGGUCCAUUUCCGAAGGAGUUUAGUCCCUUUAAACUUGCGCGACUUGUGGAUCCAAAAAGUCUACAGUCCCUCGAGGCACUCGGGGGCGCUAAAGGAUUGUUAGACGGGCUUGGUACGGAUCCGAAACAUGGUCUAUCUAGUCAAAAGUCUGGGGACGGGCCUUCAUCUUCGUCCACUGCAUCGUAUGAGGAGCGACAACGAAUAUACGGCCCCAACGUCCUACCAACUAGGAAGAGCAAAUCCCUUUUACAACUCAUGUGGAUUGCAUUGAAGGAUAAAGUUCUUGUACUGCUUUCGAUAGCGGCUGUCGUCUCGCUUGCACUUGGCCUUUUCCAGGACUUCGGUACACCUCGAGAGAGCUUCUCAUGUGGCAACGGGCAGACAUGCACUUUACCGCCUGUCGACUGGGUGGAGGGUGUGGCAAUUAUGGUUGCGGUCUUAAUUGUCGUGCUCGUAGGAUCGUUGAAUGAUUGGCAGAAGGAAAAGCAAUUCAAAGUUCUGAAUGACAAGAAGGAAGACCGAACUGUCAAGGUCAUCCGAGAUGGUAACGAGAAGGUCAUUAACGUUAAGGAAUUGGUUGUUGGAGAUGUUGCCCUCCUUGAACCUGGUGAAAUUGUCCCCUGUGACGGUGUAUUCCUCUCAGGCCACAAUGUCAAGUGCGACGAAUCUGGCAUUACUGGUGAAAGUGACGCAAUCAAGAAGCUCACUUACAAAGAGUGUAUUGAGGCCCAAACCCAUGGUCAGCUUAACGCACAUACAGAUUGCUUCGUUAUCAGUGGCAGCAAGGUCCUUGAGGGUGUCGGCAGCUAUGUCGUCAUUGCGGUCGGUGUGAAGAGCUUCAAUGGACGUAUAAUGAUGGCUUUACGAACGGACAAUGACAAUACACCUCUCCAAACGAAGCUUAACAACCUUGCGGAGUUAAUUGCCAAGCUUGGAAGCGCGGCUGGUCUCAUCCUCUUUGUUGCACUGCUCAUUCGGUUCUUUGUGCAACUCGGGACUGGCACUCCUGUACGGACAGCGAACGAAAAGGGUCUCGCAUUUGUACAGAUCCUGAUUAUCUCGGUUACUCUCAUUGUCGUUGCGGUUCCGGAAGGUCUACCUCUGGCUGUUACCCUGGCCUUGGCAUUCGCAACGAAACGGAUGACUGCAGAAAAGCUUCUUGUCCGUGUUCUUGGAAGCUGUGAGACGAUGGCAAAUGCCAGUGUCGUGUGUACCGACAAGACAGGUACACUCACACAGAACUCGAUGACUGUCGUUGCAGGUUCUGUUGGCAUCCGUGCAAAGUUUGUACAGCGCCUCGCAGAGAACAGUGCACGAACGAAUGUCGGAGAAGAACCUGGCGUGAAAGAGACACCCGAGCAAAAGGAACGACGACGAAAACACCCCGACGACUUCUCGAUUGACCAAACUGAACUCGGGAAAGUUAUGACCCCUCAACUAAAGCGCUGCUUCAACGAGGCAAUCUGUAUCAACUCGACUGCCUUUGAGGACGCGGACCCUCAAACAGGGGAGCGUGUAUUUGUCGGAAGCAAAACCGAGACAGCGCUUCUUCAUUUUGCUAAAGACCUUGGUUGGGCUGAUUACCACCAGACGCGUGAAUCUGCGGAUGUCGUACAGAUGAUACCUUUUAGUUCCGAACGGAAAGCUAUGGGUGUUGUCAUCAAGGUUCGCGAUGGUCAAUGGCGUUUGUACUUGAAGGGGGCUAGCGAGAUCCUAACGAAGAAGUGCACGCGACAUGUUGUCGUUGCCAGGCCCAAUGAGGACGUUCAAGGUAAUGAGGAUGACGAGAUCGAGACAAAAGAGAUCGAUGAGAUCGCGAAGGACAAUAUUUCGAGAACCAUCAUCUUCUACGCGAACCAGACGCUCCGUACGAUUGCGCUAUGUUACCGUGAUCUGGACUCAUGGCCGCCAAAGGGUCUGGAUGUCAAGGAUGCUGAUGAGGUUCCAUAUGAUUACUUGGCUACUGAUUUAACGCUCAUCGGAAUCACUGGUAUUGAAGAUCCGCUGCGAGAGGGUGUUACAGAAGCGGUUAAGCAAUGUCAGAGAGCUGGCGUCACUGUUAAGAUGUGCACCGGUGACAACGUCCUGACGGCACGCUCCAUCGCUUUGCAGUGUGGUAUCUUCACUCCUGGAGGUAUCAUCAUGGAAGGUCCAGUCUUCCGCGAACUAAACGACCGUGAGAUGCUUGAGGUUGUUCCGAGGCUACAAGUUCUGGCACGUUCAUCUCCGGAAGACAAGAAGAUUUUAGUUGAGAAGUUGAAGGAGUGUGGUGAGAUCGUCGGCGUUACAGGCGAUGGAACGAACGACGGUCCGGCACUCAAAACGGCACAUGUCGGUUUCUCCAUGGGUAUUGCCGGUACGGAAGUAGCCAAGGAAGCAUCGGAUAUCAUCCUCAUGGACGACAACUUCGCCAGCAUCGUGAAGGCAAUUAUGUGGGGGCGAUGCGUGAAUGAUGCGGUACGCAAGUUCCUGCAAUUCCAGAUAAGCGUCAACAUUACGGCCGUCAUCAUUACCUUCGUUACUGCCGUCGCAAGUGUAGAAGAGGAAAGUGCCCUUACUGCCGUGCAAUUGCUGUGGAUCAACAUCAUCAUGGAUACAUUUGCUGCUCUGGCUCUCGCAACAGACCCUGCAAGCCUCUCAUUGCUUGAUCGCAAGCCAGAGAGGAAGACUGCACCGCUUUUCAAUGUUGACAUGUACAAGCAGAUCUUUGGACAGUCCGUUUACCAGACUGUUAUCAUCCUUGUAUUCCAUUUUGCUGGAAACAGCAUCUUCAACUUCCAUUCAGACCCGAACGACGAGUCCGUCCAGAUAAACAAUGAUGCUAAACUGAGCACUCUCGUCUUCAACGCCUUUGUCUUCGCACAGAUCUUUAACUCUAUCAAUUCGCGACGGAUUGAUCAAAAGAAGAACAUCUUUGAAGGCAUUCUGCGUAACUGGUAUUUCAUUUCCAUAACGCUCCUUGAAAUUGGUAUCCAGAUUCUUAUCGUCUUUGUUGGUGGACAUGCCUUCUCGGUAACCAGAAUUAACGGAAUGUUUUGGGGAAUCUCUCUUGCUCUCGGGUUCAUGUCAAUUCCCAUUGGUUUCCUCAUCCGCUGCAUACCCAACCGACCGGUCGAGAAGCUCUUCUACAAGAUCCGACUCAUGCGUGAUCCAGAUGUCCUACCGACUGCACGACCGAACGCUGGUCCAGAACGCCAAGGCUCGUGGAAUGAAGCCAUCAACCUCCUUAAUGAUACUCUGAACACCUUCAGUAAUGUUCGUGGUGGCCGAGCUCGUGCGAGCAGUUUCGUUAUUAGGAGCCGAUCAGCUCGACUUGAGGCGUCUACCGUUCGGUUCCCCAACAUCAUGACGAUGGUGCCCACUAUCGUUGCGAGCUCAGUUGGAGCAGGGUGGGCUCCUAAUCAGCAUGGAUUAUUAUCAGACCCUGCAGGAUCGGAUCCGAGUCGGAGUAGCGCUGCGCUGUGGGAAGGGAGAGUACAGCUGCAUCCUCAUACAGACAAGGAUGAUCCUGCUUACAAGAAGUGGGGCGGCAACCUCGCGCAUGUUGAUGCGCCUGCACCAGACAAUUCGCACCUCAGCGCUUAA